CGUCGUGGUGGACCAAGAAGAGGUAGAAGAGAUACCGAAGAAAAAGGAUGGCAACCAGUCACCAAGCUAGGUAGAUUAGUUAAAAGUGGAAAAAUCACUUCCAUUGAACAAAUCUACCAACACGCUUUACCAAUUAAAGAAUAUCAAAUUGUUGACACCUUGUUACCAGACUUAAAGGACAGUGUUAUGCAAAUGAAAUCAGUUCAAAAACAAACCAGAGCUGGUCAAAGAACUAGAUCCAAAGCUGUUGUUGUCAUUGGUGAUGGUAAUGGCCACGUUGGUUUAGGUAUCAAAACCGCUAAAGAAGCUGCUACUGCCAUUAGAGCUGCUAUCAUUAUUGCCAAAUUAUCUAUUAUUCCAAUCAGAAGAGGUUAUUGGGGUUCCAAUUUAGGUACACCACAUUCAUUAGCUGCCAAGACUUCAGGUAAAUGUGGUUCCGUUAAUGUUAGAUUAAUUCCAGCACCAAGAGGUUCUGGUAUUGUUGCCUCACCAGCUGUUAAGAAAUUAUUGCAAUUGGCCGGUGUUGAAGAUGUUUAUACUUCAUCUUCAGGUUCUACUAGAACCAAAGAAAACACCUUAAAGGCAUGUUUCGCUGCCAUCGGUAACACCUACGGUUUCUUAACACCAAACUUAUGGAAGGAAACCAAAUUAGAACCAUCGCCAUUAGAAGUUUAUGCUGAUGAAGCU